GUGCUCACAGGCUGUGUGGAGGCGGGGCCCCGCCCUCGGGCUCGGCCGCGAUUGGCUGGGCCCUCAGCCUAUCAGAGGGCUCCGGUUCCGGACGUGCCGGAGAUCUCGUGGCCUGUGUGUGGCCGGCCCGCGGGAUGGGGGCGCCGCUGCGGCAGCGACUCCGGGAGGCCGUGGCGGUGCUGGGCGGGGGCGGCCUUCUCUGCGCCUCGUACCUGGUGGCCGCGGGCGAGGAGCGGUUCUACGCUGAGUGCCUGAUGCCGGGGCUGCAGCGGCUGCUGGGGCCCGAGACCGCCCACCUGCUCGCCAUCCGCCUGCUCAGCCUGGGGGUCCUGCCCCGCAUGGCCCAGCGUGACUCGGCCAUGCUGGAGGUGCGCGUGCUGGGACGGAGGUUCCGGAACCCGGUGGGCCUGGCCGCCGGCUUUGACAAGCACGGGGAAGCCGUGGAUGGGCUCUCCAAGCUUGGAUUUGGCUUCGUGGAAGUGGGGAGUGUCACCCCACAGCCGCAGGAAGGGAACCCCAAACCCCGGGUCUUCCGGCUGCCAGAGGACCAAGCUGUCAUUAACAGAUACGGCUUUAACAGCCAUGGACAUGCUGCUGUGGAGUGUAGGCUUCGGGCCCGGCAGGGAGUGCAGCUCCAGCUCACGGAAGCUGGAAUUCCCCUCGGAAUAAACCUGGGUAAGAACAAGGGCUCAGCAGAUGCAAUGGCAGAUUAUGUGGAUGGGGUCCGGAUGCUGGGCCCGCUGGCCGACUACCUGGUGGUGAAUGUGUCCAGUCCAAACACGCCGGGGCUGCGGGACUUGCAGGGCAAAGCUGAGCUGCGCCAGCUGCUGGCCAAGGUGCUGGAGGAGAGGGAUGCCCUGAGGUGUGAGCGCAAGCCGGCCGUGCUGGUGAAGAUUGCCCCUGAUCUGACUGCCCAGGACAAGCAGGACAUAGCCAGCACGGUGACCGAGGUAGUGGGCAGGUGUGGAUGGGCUGGUCGUCACCAACACCACCACCAGCCGUCCCAGCAGCCUGCGGGGCACCCUGCGCGCGGAGCCUGGCGGCCUCAGCGGGCGGCCCCUGCGAGCGCUCUCCACGCAGACCGUCCGCGAGAUGUACGCCCUCACCCAAGGGAAGGUGCCCAUCAUUGGCGUGGGCGGGGUGAGCAGCGGGCAGGACGCCCUGGAAAAGAUCCGGGCUGGGGCCUCUCUGGUGCAGAUGUACACGGCGCUCACCUACCAGGGGCCCCCUGUGGUGAGCAUGGUGAAACGGGAACUGGAGGUGCUGCUGAGGGAGCAGGGGUUUCAGAGCGUCACAGAAGCUGUUGGAGCGGAUCAUCGGUGCUGACGGGCGUGUGGGGCUGUGGAUAGGGCUCUCUGCACUGCCCCUGGAUGCCCCAGCCUGGAGAAGCUGCAGUGCCCUGGGAACAAUGGUUGGUACCUCUCAGGUGUGAGCCAAUCAGGAGUCUCUGGACUGUGUCAUCCCCUGUGCAGAACAUGGGAGGGGUCUAGUGACGUACAGAGACCCCAGCCCCUGUCCAGUGAGCGGGCUAAUGGGGUCAUGGGGAGCUCGUGGUCUUUGUGCCAGGGCUGCCCUGGGCAUGUGGGGAAGGCUCCCAGCUGCCCUGCGUGGAGGGACCUAAGCAAGGCCUGGGCGGGGAGCUGUUCCCCGAUGGCUCAGCUGAGCAGUGCUGGCAGUGUGGGGCUGGGCUGACCCGUGCCAGUCCUGAGCAGCUGCAGGUCGGGGUCCCUGCCCUAUGAAGCUGUGACGCAUGCUUUGGUGGCACGAGGCCUGGCAUGCUGCUGGCGCUGGGGUGGUGCCAAGUCCCUGCUCCCCUUCUCCAAGGGGGAAGCUCUUUGCCAUUUGCCUGCGAAGGGACUCGCCUCCUCCCCACCCCCUUGUGGGUGCACAAGGCCUUGAGCCUGAUGCAGUCCUGGCCAUGCUGUUCAUGGAGCCAGCUGGGUCAGGCAGUGCCCCAAGCAGCAUCACUGGCAGCCCUGCUCCAUGCUGCUGCCUCAGCCCAGCCCUCGCUGGCCUGCAGGGCCCUGCCUGAGCGCUGGCUUGGCAUCUGCCCCUGGGCUCUGGUUUUGACUUCGCCUCCCUGGCCAUAGCUGUCUGUGCUGCUCCCCAGGACUGGCUGGCUGGGGGCUGCAACUAAAGGAGACUGGGGCAGGGCUAAGAGCCCUGCCUGGGCCUGGCUUCUCACUGGACUGUCAAUAAACUUGCUGCUCGUUCAGUCUC